UCUGGACGGUUCUCUAGGUGGCGUUUACCAAUCUUUUAGGUAAACAACUUCGAAAAAAAUGAACACGGAAUCGCUGUUGAAUCAUAGUCCUGCAAAAAAGGACUACCGACAAUUGCACAAGAUGCUAAAAAGAAGAUGUGAGGAAAUUUCUAAGGACAACGAUGCCCUAUCAUCUCGGCUUAUUAAUUUGAAGCUUCUCAUUUAUAAAUCUGAAAAUCAAUGCAGAAAACUGCAAGAUCGGCUUGAGUAUCAUGGAGUUGAUUACAAUGCAGCAGCGAUCACUGCUGCCAAUAAUUAUACUGAAACUCCUGACUUUUUAAGCGAAAAGGCAGAAAAUAAUGGAAAAUCACGCCAGAAACAUAUCAGAAGGAAAAGAAAUAAAACAGCAACCCAGAAAAACUCUUCGGCUCUUCCUGAUUCUAAUUUGUGCCCUAUUAAGAUAUCUACUACAGAAUUUGAUGCAGAUUUGUCAAAUGGGUUUACCAUUGAAAAAGAUAACCUUAAUUCAUUAUGAUUUUGUUUUGUUGUAUUUGCUAUCCUAAUGUAAUGUGUAAUGUAUCAAGUU